AUGACUCCUACGGCGGUCACGACCUUCGAGCGAGAAACUGUGUAUUGGAGUGAGAAUGAUUCGACAAAGUUGCGAGAGAUACCGAUCACGUUUCACGACGUGGAAGAGUAUUAUGCAACGUUCUACACAACUCUUGUAGAGGAGGUGCGGUCAGAUUUGAAAGAUGCGUAUGACGGUUCGAUAGCAGGACGUCGCACGUUUAGAAUUUCUAUCGAGCGCAAAUGGACAGAAAGUAGCUGUACAUACUUAGAAUUGAAGUUAUGGAUUGAGGAGGGUGCGCCUUCAAUCGUAGAAGGUACAGUCAUCUAUAUAAGUUCAGCUCGCGUUACGAACACAAGGCUGCAUUCAGAGUUGGCACUUCUUGGAACAGUUGCUACACAAACGUUUGAAAUGGGUAAACGUUGCGAAGUUCGAGUAAUUCACCCCAGAGACGCUAGAUGUGGUGCUGAACAACUUUUAGAAGCCAUACGUCCUGGGCAUUCGAAAUACCUGUGGGGUGUUCCAACUUGUCGGCUAUCAACACAUGUGCGUCAAUUUGAAGCGCUUGCGGCAGUUUGCGAUACAAAUCCGGUAAGGCAAAACACACCUCUAGGAUCUUGGACUUACGAUGUACAGAACUUUCAACAUUAUCUUUUGAACCCGAAACGCGUCGCAGAACUUUUCAUAGCGCCUCCACCUCCAACAGUGAGGCAACUGAAUCUUGAUAAAGCUGGUGGAUUUGUUGCGCCCAUGCAAGCCACGCUGAAUACUCCUCAACUCGAUGCUUUACUGGCUUGCGUACAGCGGAUCCAUAAUUCAAAAAAAAGUGAUCAACCUCCUUUCUCAUUAAUUCAAGGUCCACCAGGGACAGGCAAAACAAAAGUGAUUUUGAGCUUAGCAAACGUCGUACAUCUAUUGCAGUUUCAUGAUUAUUUCGAGAAAGUCAUGUCUCUGGUAAAGGCAGGUAAAGUUGCACAGGCAGACUCGCUCAAAAGAAAGCGCCAAACGGAGCAAGACAACGCGAACACACACAACUUCAAGCCACGGAUACUAAUAUGUGCACCCAGCAAUGCGGCAGUCGAUAAUAUUUUGGAACGGAUAAUUCGUGAAAGAUUCGCACAACUGGAUAAUUCGCGCUAUUCGCCCGACAUACUACGUCUAGUAUCCGGUGACGCAAACGUCUCAACGACCGCGCAGUCUGUAUCAGUUGAGCAACGCGUUAGAAACCUCAUGGAGAUGUCAACUUUGGAUUGGAGCUCGUGGUAUUCGCGUCAGUAUCAUACUGUCACCGUGUCUGAAUUGAAGAUAAAAGAACACUUACGAGAUGAUAUCCAAGUCCUCAACUCCUCAGAGAGCAGUAUCAUACAACUGUAUGAAGUGCGUGACAGAGCUUUAGGUGAUCUUGCUAGGCUGGAAAGACUACGCCCACUACAUCAUUGUACUUCAACGACACAAAACAUGUGUUCAUUUCGACAAAUAUCUGAGCAUAUAUCCGCUUCAUUUGUCGACGAGGCGGAGAUUGUAUGCUGUACCCUUACCUCCAUCAAACGCCACGUGCUUGCCAGUUCGCGACCUUUCAAAACAAUUAUCAUCGAUGAAGCAUGCCAGGCGAACGAAUUAUCGACUUUGAUCCCGAUGACGUUGUCUAAUGCUCAUUGUGUCUUGGUGGGUGACCCUAAACAACUACCAGCCACCGUCAAAUCGCUGAAUGCCAAACAAGCAAAAUUUGACCGUUCACUAUUUGAACGGCUAAUGGUCGCAGGCAUGCGCUGUAACCUGCUCACUGUCCAAUACAGGAUGCACCCGCAAAUACGGAUGUUUCCAUCGUCGAUAUUUUACUCAAAUGCACUGAUCGAUGCUCCUGGGCUUGCCAAAAUUAGAGACUUACCUUCUCACCGUUGUUGGCCGUUUCAACCGUACAUGGUUUUCGACGCAGUGGAUGGACAGGAAAUCCAAGCGGCAAGUUUUUCUCGAUACAACCAAGUCGAAGCAUCUUUUAUAAUCGAUUUACUGGAGAAGUACUACCAACUUUUCCCUCUUGUUGACGAUAGUACUCAGAAAGUUGUGGUUUUGAGUGGUUACAGGAAGCAAUGCGAGCUGAUACAAAACAUGCUGCAUCAGAAGCCCACGCUGGGUCAACUGAUCUCUGUAAGUACGAUUGAUGCGUUCCAAGGUCAGGAAGGGGACUUAGUUAUCCUCUCGUGCGUACGAACGUCAGCAAAUGACAUUGGUUUCGUGUCAGAUAUGCGGAGAUUGAAUGUGGCUUUGACGAGAGCAAAAUCAUCGCUAUGGAUCGUCUGCAAAUGCGAGGCGGUGUCAAAAUUUAAUUUUUGGAAAGCUUUGCUGAAGAACGCAAAAGAACGAGGAUGUUAUACAGACAACUUACAAGAUGCACUUGCAUUAGAAUGA